AGACUUGACUUUUUUGUAGCACAACAUAAAAUUAGACCACAAAGCUUCCUUCUUCACCACUUGUGUUCUGCUGCUCUCAAUCCUUCCAUUUCCAAAUUUUGGUAAAACUCAUAUAUUCCAAUCCAUGGCGGAAUCCAUUCUCUUCAACACUGCUGGAACCAUUCUAAACAAGCUUGGAUCAUUUGCUUGCCAAGAGCUUGCAUUGCUGUGGGGUGUUGGUGAUGAGCUUGAAAAACUCAAAGACACCGUUUCCGCCAUUGAAGCCGUCCUUCUCGACGCGCCGUCCUUCUCGACGCAGAGCAGCAGCAAUCGGAGAGCCGUGCAGUCAAGGAUUGGGUUUCAAAGCUUAAAGAUGCUUUCUACGAAGUCGAUGACCUAAUUGACGAGUUCUCUUACGAAACUCUUAGAAGACAAGUCAUGACUCGAAAUGGAAGAAAGGGCAAAAACAAAGUACGUAUAUUCUUCUCAAAAUCUAAUCAGAUUGCAUUCCAUUUUAAAAUGGGUCAUAAAAUUAAGGGUAUUAGAGAGAGGCUUAAAGCUAUUCAUGAUGAUAGAACUCAAUUUAGCUUCUCUGAACGCCUGAUUGAUAGGAGAUAUGAUGGGUUUAGGGAGAGACGUGAGACUGGUUCUUAUAUACCUGAAGAGGAAGUGAUUGGUAGGAAUGAUGAGAAGGAAGAAGUCCUAGAUCUUAUAUUGAAUAGUCCCAACACCUUGGAGGAUAUUGCAGUAGUUUCCAUUGUUGGAAUGGGAGGAUUGGGAAAGACUGCCCUUGCUCAAUCUAUCUACAACCAUAAUAGGAUGGCCAAUCAAUUCCAGUUGAAGUUAUGGGUGUGUGUUUCUGAAGAUUAUUCUGUAAAAAUGAUUAUUCGGAAGAUAAUAGAGUCUGCAACUGGAAAGAUUUCUGACUCGUCCCUCCAAAUGGAUUCAUUGCAAAAGAAACUUAAAAGCCAAAUUGAUGGAAAGAAAUAUUUGCUUGUCAUGGAUGAUGUGUGGAGUGAGAAAAAAGAGGAAUGGUUUAGUCUGAAAAGGCUGCUAAUGGGUGGUGCGAUGGGUAGCAGGAUUUUGAUCACAACACGUAGUGAACAAGUUGCGAAAACUUUUGAGACUGCUUUCCUCUAUUCUUUGAAAUAUUUGGAUGAGUGCAAUGCUUGGACAUUGUUUCAAAAAAUUACCGGCUUGGAACGACCCGAAGAGGAGCUUUGCAAUUCAAAUUUGGUCCAACUUGGUAAGGAGAUCAUGUCAAGGUUAAAAGGUGUUCCUCUUGUAAUAAGAAUUAUAGGAGGACUUCUAAAAGAUAAAAAGUCAGAAAGAUUCUGGUUGUCUUUCAUGGAUAAGGAACUUUACCAAGUUAUGGAACAUGGAAAAAACGAUAUAGAAGAAAUGCGAUUAAUUCUUGAGCUCAGCUAUAAAUAUCUUCGAGCUGAUUUGAAGCAAUGUUUUCUUUAUUGUGCUUUAUUCCCCAAAGAUUAUAAAAUUAAAAAGGAUGAACUAAUACUACAGUGGAGAGCACAGGGCUUUAUUCGAACAAAUGACAAAGAUGAGCUCAUUGAUCUUGGUGAGGAUUAUUUUAUGGAGCUAUUAUCAAUGUCAUUUUUUCAAGAGGUGACAAAAGAUGAGUUGGGAAACAUAAAAACAUGUAAGAUGCGUGAUUUGAUGCAUGAUCUUGCUUGUUCAAUAACAGAAAAUGAAUGUGUGCAUGGAGUUGGGAAUAAUAUAAACAAAAGAACUCAUCACUUUUCAAUGGACUCGAGGUCAUCAAGAGAAUUAUUUAAGAAACUUCCAAAAACAUUGUCUAAGGCAAGAAAUUUGAGGACGUUUUUUAUGCACGAUUCUUCAUAUGCCUGGGGACCAGACUUGGAAAAAGUCGUUCAAAAUCAUUUGCGAUUACGAACAUUGUGCUGCCUGAAUUUUAAUUUGUGGAGUAAAUACUCGAAUACCAAGUUUUUGGAGUUGAUUAGUAAGAUGAAAUAUUUGAGAUAUUUGAGUAUUUCAAAUUUAUGUAUUAAACAUCUUCCAGAUUCUAUUACCAAGCUAUAUAAUUUAGAAACAUUUAUCCUUCAAUAUUCGAAUAGUUUAGAAAAUUUGCCCAGUGGUAUGAAAAAUUUAGUCAACCUUAAGUAUUUUAAUCUUUCUUGGAGUGGGAAUUUAGAAUACCUCCCAAAUACUAUUACUGAGUUGUGUAAAUUGGAGGCACUUAUCAUUCGGGGUUGUAAGAAAUUAAAAGAAUUGCCAGGAGAUGUCAAAACUUGGAUCAAUCUUAAGCAUCUUGAUCUUUCCAAGAAUGAAAGUAUAGAAUUUGUCCCAGAUUCUAUUACAAAGUUGUGUAAAUUAGAGACACUUAUCCUUCGGGGUUGUAAGAAAUUAAAACAACUUCCGGGAGAUAUAAAAAAUUUGAUCAAUCUUAAGCAUCUUGAUCUUUCUAUGAAUGAAAGUAUAGAAUUCCUCCCAGAUUCUAUUACUGAGUUGUGUAAAUUGGAAGCACUCAUCCUUGAGCAGUGUAAGAAAUUAAAAGGAUUGCCGGGAGAUGUCAAAAAUUGGGUCAGUCUUAAGCAUCUUGAUCUGACCCUGAAUAGGAAUAUCGAAUUCCUUCCGGACUCUAUUACUCAAUUAAAUAAUUUCGAAACACUUAUCCUCUGUUAUUGUUCGAAGUUAAAAGAAUUGCCGAAAGAUACUAAAAAGUUGAUCAAUCUUAAGCAUCUUAAUUUGACUCACUGCUGGUCUCUCACUCAUAUGCCAAAAGGAUUAGGUGAACUGACUAAUCUACAAACAUUGAGUACAUUUGUAUUAGGAGGGCAUGAUAGUGGUGAAUUGAGUGAGUUGAAUGGACUUGACAAGUUGAGAGGAGACUUAAGUGUCCGAAUUUUGAAAUUUUGUACCUCUGUUGAUCUACAAAUGAAGGCCAAGUACUUGCAACUAAAGUGGGGUCUGCAAAAUUUGGUCCUAGAGUGGGAAUAUACAUAUGAUCAUGAGCCUACAAUUGAUAUCUCAGACUAUGACUGUGAAAGAGUUAUGGAUUGCUUACAACCACAUUCAAAUCUUCAAGAGAUAUGUAUAUACAGGUACCAAGGGGUGAAAUUAUGUAAUUGGCUAUCCUCUAAUUCCCUUGGUUGCCUGAUCAAGAUAAGUCUUCAAGGUUGUGAAAAAUUGCAAUAUCUCCCCCGAUUGGAUCAGUUUCCUUUUCUCAAGUGUCUUUAUCUUGGAGACUUACCUAACAUCAAAGUAUAUUGGCAACGAUGAUUCUGCUUCUUCAUCGACAUUUUUUCCACCCAUUGAGGAAUUAAGGUUUCCUUCCCUUUCUAGAUUAACGAUUCGUAGUUGUCCCCUACAUAUUUUGAUGUCUUGGCAUGCACCUUUGAAGUCAUUAACAAUUGGUGAUUCAAUUCGUAGAGGACGCCAUAUUAAAGGGGAUGAGUUUGAUGUUGUACCUUGGAAAAAUUUUGAAAAUCUCUCCUCUCUAGAGCUUCUCAAUAUGCGUAAAUUGGAGUAUUUGCCAGAGUGUUUGCAACAUGUGACAACUCUGCAAUGUCUAUCUCUACAUGCUUGUCAAAAUUUGAAGUGCCUGCCACAAUGGAUUAGUAACCUCAACUCACUCACAACGUUUCGGAUUCUUUUCUGUGAAAAGCUAACUUUUCUACCAGAAGAGAUUUGCCACAUCCAUGGUUUAGUAUCAUUAAGGAUUGACGGCUGUCCUAAAUUGGGAAAAAAGUGCAAGAAAGGUACUGGGGAAGAUUGGCCCAAGAUCGCCCAUAUCCCUGAUGUACGCAUUGGUUAAUGAAUCUCCAAAUUAAUAAUCAGUCUAAGAAGUGCAAUUUGGGUGGUUGAGAUAAUUGUGAAUUAUUGAUUGCCUUGUCUCUUGCCUCUGACUGCAUAUCUCUGUUUUGUCUAGAAGAUUUCAGUUCAGCCAUUAUCAUACCAGAGGGCAAGCGGGAGAAAACUGAAACUUUAGUAAUUUGGCUGCAGUUUUAAUUUCAACCAGGGGAAUUAUUACUCAGCAAGAUUUCAAGAGUUGUCUCAUUCUCAUUGCAGUCCUAAUGUUCUUCCAUUUUAUCCCUUUAUUGUUGGCAAUAGACAAAGUGUAGGAAGGAAAGAGAUUAUCCAAAACAAAACUAAUGAAUGCCACUUUAAAAGAGUCUUUUUUUUCAUUUCAUUUCCUUUCAGGUAAUAUUGUUAAGAUGCCUAUAUUUAUCUUGAUAUAUAUUUGUGUGGAUCUAUUAUUAUUGAUAGUUGAGAUUUUGACUACGUUGAUGUGGUUUUUUACUCAAUUUGAGGAGAUUUUUACACGUUAAAAA